CACCCAAAAAAUCAACAAAGUUUUAGACGACAGAAGCUCUGGUUGCUGUCUGGUUGCUGGGAAGAUGGCUAAUAAUAGGUAAGAGACGUAUUUAUUUUUUUAAUUAUAUAUUCUUCAAAUGCUAUAAUGAUUUUGUUUAGUUAGUAAUUAGUGAUUUUGUUUUUUAUGUAGUGAUUUUAGAAGAUUUGAAUUAGCUGUUCGGUGGAAAUCAGAGAAAGUAGAGGACAAUUUGGGCGUCCAUUCCGUUGGUAGUAGAAGUUUUCAGUUGACUGUUCCAUACAGGGUGAACUAUCAGAAACUUUGUGAUAAUCUAAUUCAGAGAAUACGGCGUAAAAACGAAGCAGUACAAGAUAGUAAUGUGAUUACAAGUUUCACUUACUGUCUUCCAGAAUGGCAGAAUGGUGUUUUAUUUCAUUAUGCGAUGCCUAUUAUGGAUGAUGAUAGCUUGAAUGUGCUGUGGAAUUUUAUGGCACAAAACCCUUAUUGUUUGGGUGUUGAGAUACAUGUUGAGCUCAGUGAGGAUCAGGGUGGAGAGGAAGAAGAUGACACAUGGAGCGUGCCAUCCGAGCAUGACUAUGAUGACAGUGAUGACGGAGAGGAGGAGGAAGAAGAAGAAGAAGAAGAAGAAGAAGAAGAUGAUGAUGAUGAUGAUGAUGAGGAGGAGGAGGAGGAGGAAGGAGAACAACCUAAUUAUCCUCCAUAUUUUUACUUGCAGGGUAAUGAAGAGGACAACAAAUUAUUAUAUGUUGAUUCAUAUGGCGUAAUUCCAAUUCCUAUUGUUGCUGGUUUUGAUGGAGAAUUCUACAAGGGGCAGAUAUUUCACUCAAAACAAGUUGCAUAGGUGGAGAUUAAACACUACGCACUACAACGCAACUGACACGCCAAAACACAACACCAAACUGCGACCAAGUGUAAUCGCAGUCCGGGAAUGCAGUAAAGUGGCAAGUUCUAUUAUCAACCCGGGGUCUAGAUCUACUGCUUACUCCGUGAUUAUCUAUUAUCUAGCCAACUAAGUUAAGUGAUUGGUUGUUUUAAAGAAAAAGCAGUAAGAAAGCAUGAAUUGGUAC